AUGAUCAUGCAUGAGGAGGGACUAUUCCUCCUGGGCGAGACACCUGCAGGCUCUCCUGGGAAUCCGCCUACUCCACCGGCUUUGGAGAGCCCCUCUUUCGAACUACCGGGGGUAGAGCCGCCGGGUGGGGGACCAUCGUCGCCGGUGGCGGUCUACCCGUCGCCAGUGGUGACGGAAGCAGCGGAGGAGAGCGAUGGGGAGGAGAGUUGGGGCACCCAGUGGCCGAAUCCUUCGAAGCGCCUGCGCGCUGGGGGUCCUUCAGAGGUCGAGGGGCCUGUUCCACCGCGGGUUGGAAUCCCGGCGAAUAUCUCGCCGGGCUCGCUGAGCCCUCCUUUUGGUGCGGUUCAGAUGGAUGUGGGAACCCAACUCCUCCUGAGGGCGUUGAGGCUGGAGGCUGGCCGCAGAUGGGAGCAUGCGGAAACGCUGGGCCUUGCAAAGGUCUCGGUCGACUCUACCGAGCCUAUUCCGUUGCUCUCGCACUUGGCGGGGAUUCCAGCGAACAUGGAAGAUGCCUACGAUGCCCCAUCCCUGGCGUUCUGUGCGCCAGGACACGCCUUGAGAGCACUUUGCUCUCCGGCGGCGACGAUGCUUGGUCCGAUAGGCCUGCCCGACCUAGAGCAUCCAGCUGCUUGGCUACCAGCCACUCCGGUGAUUCCUGUGACAGCGGCCUAUCCGGAGGAGCCAGUGAGGGCUUCGAGGCCGAAGAUGGUGGAAUCGGAAGCCCAAUGUAUCAUUGGGCAGCAGGAAUGGGAGGUUUGGUUGGGACGUUGCCUAGAGGGCAAGAGCCUGGCAGAGUACGGGCUUCAUAUGGUAGAUGUGGAGUUCGCUGUCAGGGUUACCGAACUUCUGGAGGCUCCACGGGCCGCUCGGGCAGCGUGGAAGCGAAGGUUUCAGGAACCCAACCCUGUGUCUAUGCUCCACUAUAUCUUCCAUUGUCGAGCCGUUUUGCAAACCUAUUUGGCUACGCCUGCUGGAUACAAGGGACUGGUGGGAGGACGUUCGAGUCUGCUCGUAAAGGUGCCCCAGUCGGUCACCUCGCUCGAGCUCAAAACGGCUUGGGCGUUCCUAGAUUCGGGCAUAUAUCUCCGUGUUGCCCGAUAUUACAGGCGAAAACGAGAGGAGGAGCGCCUCCACGAGGCCCGGGAAUCCAUGCGAGCGGCAAGGGCCAAAUCGGCAGCGAUCCCUCAGGGUGGUGUAGUGGACACCACCUCUUCGAGCUCCGACGAGGAGUCCUUGCUCCUUGGAGAAGGGGAACUUACUGCGCUGAACAGGGCCCAGGGCCAAGAAGAUUUAUCCGACCUCGCCAUAUGGCGCACAUUGGAAGAACUUACCGGCCAGAGGUUGUCCCAAUUGGAUGGCUAUGUUGGGGCGGCCGACGAGGGAAAUCAGCCUGCCGAGGCGGGACAGCCGGCGCCGCCGAGCCCGGCUUCCUCAAUGCCACCUGGAGAACUGGUGGCUACGGCAUUCAACCUCCCGAGGGUCUCGGCACCUACGCUUCCGGAGGGAAUGCAGAGGGAGGACUAUCGAAGGCACGGCGUGAACAUCCCGCCGUCGGUUCCAAAAAGAUCUCGGCUACCAACGCCUCCGAGGGCUAUGAGUGCGGCUGCGAGUGGUUCUGCCACCGGUGAGGCAAGCCCUCGAAGAGGGCCAGAGAUUGUUGGAGUGAAUGGUUUCACGCCAGGACUGGAUAUUGGUAUCAUUGUGCUCCUCCUGACGGUCUACAGCCUCUUCUGGGGUAUAGCUUUGUGGGUGAAAGGUUUUGGGGAGCGCGUUUGUGAGCAUGUCUUUGAAAACUUGAAGUGCGCAUGUUGCGUCAUGUUUGGCAUGCUUUGUGCCGGAGAUGAUGAACCGGCCCCGGCAAAGGAGACGGAACAAGUUGAGCACGUGCUCCGAGCCGUGCGCUUUAGAGGUUUACCGUCGCCAGGGAGGAAGCUGCAGAGAGAGAACCAGACCAUAGGUCUUGAUUUCUUCUAUUUCGGAAAACUGAGGGUACUCUUGAUGAUGCACCUCGGUUCUAAGUAUACUGUCUCUCUUCCUGCGAUGCACCUCGAUGACCCUGACCUGCUCCACAACAUCAACCGUGUGAUUCGCGAAAUGGGAUUAGUCGGUAAAGCGGUUACAUUUCGGAUGGACCAAGAAGCGGCUCUUGGAGCCCUUGCCGAGAAACUCACCAAGUGCGAUAGCAGCCCUGCCAGCGCAACUUUGAUUGACGUGGUUCCGGGCUACAGGCCCCAGUCGAAGGGAUCGAUUGAGCGGCAGGUUGAAACUAUGAAACAGGGUUUCUGGUCUGUUUGGUUGGACCUGGAGAAAGAGGUUGCUAAGGUGAAGCAGGAAACGGAAGCCGUUGAGCUUGGGAAGUAUCGGUUACCUUUGGGAGGUUUGCUUUGGCAAGCCUGUGUUUUCUACGUUGCUAGGUGCUAUAACCUCUGGUGUACCAGCGUCGGGGAUUCGAGCACUAGCAUAGAUCGACUGCAUGAGGAGAUUGUGAACCGAACUCGGACGAGACCGUUCGGGUGUCUGGUUCAAGCUCAGGUCAGUAAGUCCAAGGCGCACCAUGAUAAGUUCAGGGGCGCCCGGACCGUGAAAGCGGUUUAUCUGGGACCGGUGCACGCCAAAGGUGGCGGCAUCUUUGCCGUCCCUGUCGGAGGUAGUGAAAUAGAUAUAUUCCCCGUCGCCAGAAUGAUUCAGGGAGGUGACAUCUACGAUGCCAAGACCCUGGAAGAGCUAUCUUUAGCUAAGCCUCUUCUGCAGGACACUGAGGACCCCGAGAGGCCCAUACUGUUUGAUCCGUUGGAGGCUCCUGGUGAUGAUGCUCCUGAUGAGGGGGCGGGUGUGGGAAUGGAUGAAGAUGGUGAUGAAGAGAUGAUCGAAGAUGAGCUUGGUGACUAUUCUCCUUCGGAAGCGCCUGAGAACCAGGAGGUUGUGAACGAUGAGGGGGAUAUGGAAAUAGACUGGCUCACGAAUCACUAUCUUGAGUCCCUGUUUCGAGGGCCUGACCUUCGAGCCGCCUCCACUGCAGUCGCAAAGUCGUUUGAUUUGAAGUUUGGGGGUACGAAGAUAAGGUGUGCUGUUCCCCAGGACGCUGUUUCUGAGACUUCGGGAGAGAAGCUAGAACCCGACCUCCUUUACGCAUCAAUGAAGCUUGAGUUGGAAGAGUUGGAGUCCUUUAAGGUUGGGGAAGUGAUCCCUGAGCGCGAAGCUCGCCGUCUUGCUAAGGAAAACGGCAGGAGAGUUUUGACUAGCAGGUGGGUCAACACGGUCAAGAAGAAGGGACUGUAUAGAUCUAGGCUAGUCGUGCGGGAUUAUGCCUCUAUGGGAGGCACCACCUUGAGUGAGGGAAUCUACUCUCCUACUACUUCAUUGGAGGGUCUGAGAUUGCUUCUAUCAAUGCUCUGCCGACGUGGCAGUGUGUUGUCCUGCGAUGUCUCGGUAGCGUUCAUGCAUGCUCCCGUAGCGAGGGCAGAAUUCGUAGAGUUGCCGAAUAAUGUGAGCACCCAGGGGACUGGGGAACGAGUUUUCGUCAAAUUGCGGAAAGCGAUGAACGGAUUGCGCUCUGCUCCAUUAUCUUGGUAUUGCGAGUUGGCUGAAUACUUGCGCUCUCAGAACUUCGAAGCAAGUUUGGAUCCCACUAUAUUCCGUCGUCUUACGAGGAAGGGUUUGACGAUUGUGUUGUUUUAUGUGGAUGACUUGCUGAUCUAUAGUGAAGAUGAAGCUGAGGGGCGCCGGUUCUACGAGGAGUUGCGUAAAAGAUACAAACUGAAACUUACGGGCGAGUUGAUUCAAGAUUGCCCCGGGGAAGUCUCGUUUCUCGGUCGGCGGAUCUUUCGCCGUAAGAAAGGGGAACGUACGGUGUAUUUCGGGCUAGACGAACAGUACCUGAGUUCCUGUUGCGAGGAGUACGGAAUCACCAAACCUGCACCAAAGCUCCCUUCCCUUGAACGCCGCUAUGCUGAGUUGCUGAAGAAAGGCCAGACUGAGCCGAUCAGUCCAGCUGCUCACGAAAGGUACAGAAGGACUCUGGGCCGUUUGGCCUGGGCGGCUUUAUCACGACCAGACCUGCAGUUUGUGUGUGGGUUUCUGGGCCGCCACCAAGCAGCUCCUGACGAGGCUGCCGAGACCUGUAUGAGGGAUGUCCUUCGUUGGGUCAAGGGUCUUCCGCACAAGGUCCAGAGGUUUCCGAGCAAAAGGGAGAUCUUGGAAGAUGAUGCGGACCCUGCCUCUGUAUCUUGUUUUACGGACGCGAGCUGGAGUCUGAAUUCGGUAAGCGGCGGAAUCAUCACGUGGGAGAACUGUUCCCUGAAAAGCUUCAGCAGGAAACAAACGACUACCGCACUCUCCAGUGCGGAAGCUGAACUCGCUGCACUCACAGAGGUUGCUCGUGAAGGGUUGUACAUUGCUUUGCUUGUGGAGACCAUCCGCGAGGGUAUGCCGAAAGACAGGGUGCACAAAGCGACGGCGCCCUCGGUCCACUUUGCAGAGCUCCGUGAAGGGCCGGAGAGUGUCCGCCACUCCCUGUUGACUGCCACCUCCGGUACAGAUCUUGAAGAGUACAGUGCUGCAGCAGGCAUGUCGCGUGCUUACCAUGUGUGCAAGAAGUGCGGGCCAGGCUCCUGGAUCUUUGCAGACCGAGUAGGAGCGAACCCGUUCUGCCAAAAAUGUGGAUGUCAGUGGCCUAAGACCAAACCGAGUGCAGCUGGUGCAGUGGAGGGCUCUGCGUGGGCCCAACGAGCUGCGCCACAACGUGUGUGGAAGGACAAAGGCCCACAGCCCAACAGGCCUCGCAAGGGUAGCCCUCCGGUUGGGGCGGCUCAGCAAGCGUUGACCACUGUGUGGGACAUGCUCCCGGGUCAGGCAAAGCAGGCCAUUGAAAAGGCGGGCUGGCAGCCUCGGAUCCCGGCUCCGCCAGGUUUAGGAGGCAAGGGUGAGCAGCCGCAGCAGCCUGCGGGCCGUCAUGUGAAAGGUGGGGCAGGCAAAGGCAGAGGAGCCGGCAAAGGUACGGGGGCGGACGCUGAUCUGGAGACAGCUAAAUCCCUCUUUGCCUCGGCGUCAGAAGAUCAGAGGGCACUCUUGCUGCAGCUAGGCAUCCAGGAGCCAGAGGAGCCACAGCCUGAUCUGAUAGACCUUUGCAGACAGCAUAUCAAUGCUUUGCCGCCAGACAUUCGCAAGGCUGUUGAGGACCCUCCUGAAAAGCCUCCGACAACUUUUGAAGUGAUGAGUGAGAAGAGUAAGCAGUUUAAGACUGCGACGGUGGAGUUGCGUGAGCUUAUUGCCAAGAAAGCCUCGCUGCAAUUACGUAUCGACAAGCACAAAACAACCUACGCUGCCAUGCUUGCUGAGAUGAAGUCGGUCAAUGAGAGCUUGGAUAAUCGUCAAAAGGCUGUGUCAUCUCUGCAGGUUGAACUUCAGUCUGUUGCUGCGGGUCCAAUUCCUGAGGCCCUGCCAGAACCAACCCAGGUGAUCGCCAAGCAGGUCGAGGACAUGGAGGUUGAUCAGUUGGAUGAGUAUCGGCAGCGCGUUGUCGAAGCGAUUGAUGAAGCAGUGAAGCGCAGGCGCACUGAUGCAUCUGCCUUGGGGACUCCGCCGCCUAGCACUGGUCAGGCUGGGCUAGGGCCAAGCCAGCAGGAGGCCGCUAAGGAGGAUGACAGGGAGAAGGGCAAAACCAGGAGUCAGGUCGAGGCGAGGCCCUUGAAUCCCAGCCUGUGUGAGGUCGAUUUGGGUAGCAGGUUGGAUGCGAGUUUUGACCCGAACAUGGGGAUUGCCUUGGAUGAGGGGUCUGCAGAAGGCCCUUUCCAUGGCAAAUGGGCGACUUUGUGCAGGCUUGCUGCCGUGCCCAAGUGUCCCAUCCUUGUGAAGGGGCCCAGCAGGCCAGAGGUAGGUACUUUGACAGGGCCAGCCUUCUUUAGUGCUGUGGAUGAUGAUCAAGAGUGGGAUGUGCAACCUGAACAGGGUGCUGAGCCUUCCUUGUCCCAGGUUGUGCCGAUUCAGGUCAGUGCAGUAUCCCUGGGCUGUCGGGCCAGCCGUCUAGUCCCGGCUUCUCGCCGAGCAAGGCGGCGUUUCCAUCGGCGAUUGCGCCUCGCAUCGCUUGAUAGUUUGGCUUCUCUUGACCACUUAAUAGAGCCCCUGCCUUUCGAGCAGGGAGCCCCCAAGACUCCGGAGGAGGAGGCCAUGACCAGGAGUUGGAAGAUGUUCCAGGAGGAGGUUGGCCGCUGGCCAGGGGGUCUUGGGGGACCUGGGUAUGAUGAGCUUUCGCCAGACUUGUUGGAUCCCAGCACAGCGCGCGAUGUUCUACGGCGGCCGCAGGAAUUUGGCACGGUGCGGCCUGCGAUAUUUCCUUCAGGGCUCUUAGCCAAGAAAAAUGGGCCCAGGUCUAUGCUCCCCUGUGAGGAGCCCCAAGGACUUGGGCCCAUUUUUUCGGUUGCAGGCCCAAAACGAGGUUCUGAGAUCCCAAAUGUGCCGCCAGAGGGGUCCGCAAAACCUGAGAUGCCACCCGAUGUGCGCCCUGUUGGCGGCACUCGGGAACAUGACCAACAUCGUGCACUUCUCUCCGUUAAGCAGGCUGUCAUUGCCGGUGCGGAAGGAGCCCUGCUUGAGGCUGUGGAGGCGAUGGAGCAGCAUGGUUACAUGCAGGAGGGCACUUUCGUUUGGAGGGCUGCUGAGCUAGCAGUGGAGACCCACGAAGAUGUGCCUAGGCAUGUGGCUUGUUGGGCAAUUGAGGAUGCGCUUGCAAAUUUGACCUGUCCCAAAGUCCGGCCUGACGUGCAUGUGAUCAGUGCUAACAUCACUGCCUGGAGAAAGGACUUGUGCUCUUGGAUUGCGCAACACAAGGCGGCCGUUCUGCUGCUGCAGGAAACACAUCUUUCGCCAGACCAGCCUGACUUGAUUGAGGCUCAGCUUGGGUUUCAUGGUUAUAAUGUUUUUAGCGUCCCGGCCCAUCCCACCGGCAAAGGUGGCACAUCAGGUGGUCUAGCCAUCUGUUUUCGCAAGCACUUGAACAUGAGGCGUGUGCAUCACUUUGUCCGGGCGGGGGCUGGUUUUCAGGUGGCGGCCCUCAGGUUGAAAGAUGCCGAUUGCUAUUUUGUGAAUGUUUACCUGAAGGCCGGUGAAGGUUUCCAGGGCAGCCACAAUGCGCCAAUCCUUGCACAUUUGAUCCCUUUCCUUCGUUCGGUACGUGGAUUCUUUUUUGUGGCUGGUGAUUUCAACGAAGAUUUUGAGGUCAUUGCUGCCACCAGUCUUGAGCAGGAGGCCAAAGGCCGGUGGAUCAGUUCUGGUGAGUCCACAUGUGCUGGGGGUGGCAAUAUCGACUAUGGCUUGAUGUCGCCCUCGCUGGCCUCGGCCGUUUCGCUUUCGAUUGAUUGGGUCACUCCUUUUGCUCCCCAUGCAGCCCUGCACUGGUCUCUGCAGGUUCAGCAUCUGGAUGUUAAGCUACCCCAGCUUGUCAGCCCCUUUGCAAAGAGGGCUGUGCAUUGUUUUGCGGAUCACUGGCAUGGCAGUGAGGAGGCUGCCUUGACCUUCCAUUCUGAGCUUCAGGCUUUUAUUGAUGAAGGCUGCCAGGAUCUUUGCCGUGGUUUGCUUGAUGUUGCUAAGGCGCAAAAACAAUACUUUGUUAAGCAGUGGCAACAGAGCAAAAGUGUCUCUUAUGAGAAAUGGCUCCGUCAGGCCACGUCCAAGGGCAUGCGUCCCUUGUUCAAAAGUGUGCGGGCAGAGGAGGUCAUCACCAUUCGGCCGUUUCUUGAAGCGCCCGUCCAGGAGCGCAUUUACUUGCGGUGGCGCCAAUGGUUUGACUUGUGGUCGCACCCGGCUGGGGUGGACCAGGACCUUCUUGCGACGCUCAGGGUAGCAGCUGUGGAGCAGGCCCAUAGCAUUGCGCCAAUUCCUCUUGACAAGGCUGUUGCCUUCUUUAAGAAAUUGCCCUCCAAGGCGCCGGGCUUGGACGGGUGGACGUGUGAGGUCCUCCGUAAUCUCAGCGCCGAGGCAGUUCAGGCCAUUCUUGACUUUUUGCACCAUUGCGAGAAACGGGCCGCGUGGCCGGAUCAGCUGAUUUUCGCGCUUAUAGCGCUUUUACCCAAAUCUGAAAAACGGGAACGUCCCAUUGCCCUUCUCCAUGUCUUGUAUCGGGCUUGGGCAAAAUUGAGGUGGCCGCUGGUGUCUGCAUGGCAAUCUGCGUAUGCCCGGCGGGCUCACUGGGACAAGGCACUGCCUGGAGGCCAGGUUUUGGAUGUGGCCUUGGCCAUGCUCACUUACAUGGGUCCCAGGUUUGUGCAGUCCGAAGGCGCCCUCUGCCCGCCUAUAUGGCCGGGCAGGGGAGUCCUGGCAGGAUGUCCUGCGGCACCUUCGGUGUCCAAACUUGUUAUACACCCGGUUGCCGCCAAACUCGCCUCUAAGAAGAGUGCCUCCAACUUAGACAUCUGGAUAGAUGAUCUGUCCUUGGAUACGGUUCAUAAAUCACCGCUUCAGGUUGCUAGUGAUAGCCUCAAGCUUUUUCGAGGACUGAGACAGGACUUGGAGUCCAAAGGGGCCCAGGUUUCGCUUUCCAAAACUUGCUUUGUGACUUCGUCCACUGAGGCUGCCAAAGCUCUUGGCAAAAUUCUUGAUGCCUCGGAUCCGCAGGUUAAGCCGAUGAACCGUGAUCUCGGGAUCACCUCGGCGGGUGGACGCAGGCGGGUGCUGGGCUUGGCAGAGAGCCGCAGGAAAAAGGCGGCAGGGCGAUCGCGCAAGCUCAACAAGCUUGCUGUGCCGGGGCGAGCACACCGUUUACGGAUCGUUCGCGCAUCCCUGUGCUCGGCAGGCCUGUGGGGCCAUCAGGCUCAGGGGGAUAAGUUUCGGUCGACUUGGGCCGACAUUUGGUUAUGGCUCAUGGCUUCCCAGCAUCCUUGGAAAAAGGUCAAUGGGCCCUUGGCGGCUCUCAUGGCCUACCUGCACGAGUUGGGUGUGCAGGCUCCGCAGGCUCACCGUUGGAGCAGAGAUGGCAGCAUCUUGACCAUUGAUUGGUCUAGUCCCGAUGCCACUCGCCGUGUGUGGCACUGGCUCCUACCAGUUUGGGAAGAUGUUCGCUUGCAGCGAGUCUCCUUGAAUGAUGGGUGCCAAAAUUUGAGAGGUGGCCUGGAUGCCACUGUUCCUGAAAGACUGCAGAAAAGGAAGUUUUUCAACAAAAACAUGGCUGUGAAUCUUCAGGCUCUUUGGCAGGGUGUCAUUGUCCGCUUGAUUUGCAACAUGUUUUGUGGGAUUGCCCUUUCAUUGCCCAGCCUUUCCCUGCGCCUCAGCACUUUCGUGCGGCCCGCCAGCAGUUUCCGUGGCCUAGCCUUUGGCUCCGAGGUUUGGUUCCGCAAGAGGCCACGGCGUUACUGA